AUGGAAACACAAAUGGUUAAUGUGCGAGAAGGAACGCUGGUGGUCUGCAGAAUCCCUGGCGAUGGAAACUGCCUGUUCUCAUCACUAGCACACCAAAUAUGGCAAUCACUCCCGGCAACAGAGCUCAACAACUUUCACGCCCGCAGUCUCCGAGCACUAGUUGUAGAAUAUUAUCGCUCGAAGGCAGGGGAACUCGAAGAGCAACUGACGGCACAAGACCAAGUAAUAUUUCAGCAGCCCAACUCAUCGAACACUACAUGCAACCUCGCAACGCCUGGAUUCUGGGGCGGAGAAGAGAGUAUCAGAGCGGUGGCUGCCAUUUUCGAGUAUAACAUUAGAGUGUACUCAGAAAACGCAAGCAUGACAACAAUAGGAGAACCCGGAGCGCGAAACCAACAAGACCUGAGCAUAGUUCACAGAUCCAACGAAUACGGUGCUUACAAUCAUUACGACAGCGUAAUAAGAUUGAUUGAAAACGAUGAACCUCCGAGAGUCAAACGUCGCCAUAACCCAACACCCGGUUUUACACCUUCUACGCAGAACCCUUUUCCAAUCCACCAUCUACUAACCGAACGCCGAGGGCCAACAGCAACAGACACACACGAAGUGACACAACAUAGUGACAUUUAG